AUGGCUGACUUCGAAGAUCCGCACGAUUCCCCAACUUCGGCCCUCCUUGGGGAAGAAAGAUCAGAUAGACACGCCCGCCACGGCGGCUCCUUGGUAAUUGAAGACGACGGACAUACGUAUUCCUAUUCGUAUGGCCCGCCCGGCGUAUCCGGACUACUGCAGAAUAAAGUAGCUCUAGCAUGCGCGGGAUAUGUGGCUAUUGGCGGUUUUACUUUCGGUUACGAUCAGGGGGUCAUAGCGAACGUUCUGGUGAUGCCGGACUUCUUGGGGAAGUGGGGUGAAAUCACCGCUUGGGAGAAAGGAAGCAUGACUGCCGUGUUGGAGCUGGGUGCUCUGUUUGGGGCACUUGCUGCCGGUGUGCUAGCGGAUCGCUAUUCUAGAAGAUACGCCAUAUGUUUCGCGUGUAUUGUAUUCAUUAUAGGCUCGCUAUUCCAAUGUGCAGCACAGUCAUUCAGCCACCUGUUCAUUGGCCGUGCUGUUGGAGGCUUCGGUGUCGGUGCAUUGAGCAUGUUGUGCCCUCUCUAUAUGGCUGAGAUCAGCCCGCCGGAAAUCCGAGGUUCGCUAAUGGCUUUGGAACAAGCAUUCGAGCUAGAUAGUGUUCAGAGCGGACAGUCCAUAGAAAAAGACGGGUUAAUAGUGAGGGAGUUGAAGGAUUACAAGCGACUGUUCCUUCCCGCUUAUAGGGAUAGGACGAUGAUAGGCAUUCUAAUCAUGGUAUUCCAACAAUGGAGCGGCAUUAAUGCUCUGCUGUACUACGGUCCUACACUCUUACAAAGUAUUGGUCUAAGCGGUGAUAAGGUCUCGUUGUUGGCCUCGGGAGGAAUUGGCAUCGUGCAAGCCAUCGCUGUCUUCCCAACGAUCAUGUAUAUCGACCAGUGGGGCCGCAAACCACUGCUACGAUACGGAAGCAUUGUCAUGACUACCUCGCACUUUCUCGUAUCACUCCUGGUUUGGCGCUUCCAGGACAACUGGCCUUUACAUCCGACGGCUGCAUGGUCAGCCGUUGGUUGCAUCUACAUUUUCACCGCUGCGUAUGGCAUCUCGUUCGGACCCGUAGCUUGGGUGCUUCCGAGCGAAGUCUUUCCACUGUCGAUGAGAAGCAAAGGUGUCGCCCUUUCAACGGCAUCUAAUUGGUUCAACAAUUUCUUCAUCGGGUUGAUUACACCGAUGCUGAUGGAAGUAUCGCCAGCCACGACGUUCAUGAUUUUCUCUACAGCCUGCUUUAUGGCGUACCUUUGGUCAACUUAUAGAGUACCCGAAACAGCGAACGCCUCGCUUGAAGAGAUAGAUGCCGUCUUCCGUUCCUCCGCUGGUCAGGAAACCCAAGCUUUGAAGGAGCAGAUCGAGCAAGAACUGGGUUUAACCCAGUUAAUACAGAGUCUGAGAAGAGACACAUAG